AUGGUGGCGGCUCUUCUCACUGCUGGGGCUAAACCGAACUUACGAACAGCUGCGGAAGCAGCAGCUAGGAUUCAGGGAUCGUUUAGGGAGACGGCGUGGAAGGUGGCAAUGUCAAUAGUGAUCGAGUUUGCUAACAAGGAAGAAGAGGCUAAGAGUAUAAUCGCGGCGAUGAAGAUUCAGAAUGCAUUUCGCAAAUAUGAUACGCGUAGGAAGAUUGAAGCUGCUUACAAAAUUCAGUGUAGGUUCCAAACAUGGAAAAUGAGAAGAGAGUUCUUGAAUAUGCGGCGUCAAGCAAUUAGGCUCCAGGGGGUUACAGGCAAGGAAGCAGUUCAAGAAGAUCUUAUGGUCGGUAAAAGUGUUGGAGAAGCUAUGCCUUCUCCUUCAUUUUCAGCCAGGGCCUUUGUGUUAGCCUUGAAACUUGUCUUGGCAACACUAACUUUGAUGAGUAAAUUCUCGUCUUCAGUGCAAAAGGAUCUUGAAAUUACCUCUGUCAAUCCCACCAUGCUUAUUUUAGGAUGGGUACAGCAAGCAGCUGGGAUGCUAAGAUGGUUAAGCACAUGA